AUGGUAAUUUGGGCCGAUGGUAGCCCAAGUCCCACAACCCCGGAAGGCCACACGGAGUCUGGGGAACUGCAGCUCGGAAUACUGAUCUUUGAUAGAUAUAAGUACCCCAGAAACUCUCUUGAAAUGGCACCUUCAGCAAGCUUCAUCGAUGUCGAACCUCCCGUUGUGAUUGGCCCUUCCACAAAGAAGGCCACACGGCCUUCAAACCAGCUGCCUCAAUCUUUGAUUCAAGGGGCGAAGGUUGCGAAGAAGCAGAACUUCGAUCCUGCGAAGCACAUGAACUUCCAGCCCCCCAAGUCGAUCUAUACUAUGAAGCAAAUCGGACUCGAGGGGCAUGGCAUUUCACCAAAUGCAGCGACUGAGCCUUUCCCGCUCUUCACUCAAGAGGCCAUUGCCCAGAUGAGAGCUGAGAUCUUCGACGAGAAGGUACUUGCAGAAUGCCAGUACUCUUCAACCUUCAACAAGAACAUGGUUCGCGGCAUGGGUGCAGCACGCGCUCCUUUCACCUAUGAUGCCUGGAAGUCCCCUGAAGUCCUCGCAAGAAUUUCCGAAGUCGCCGGUAUCGAACUUGUUCCCUCCAUCGACUUUGAAAUCGCCAACAUCAACAUCUCGAUCCGCGACGAAAAUGCCGUGGAGCAAAUUGUCCCUGUAGUCAGCGAUGAGGAUCUUCCCGCUGUCUCCUGGCAUUAUGACAGCUUCCCCUUUGUGUGUGUGACGAUGCUUUCCGACUGCACUGGUAUGGUGGGUGGUGAAACGGCGUUGAGAACUCCCAGCGGUGAGAUAAUGAAGGUCCGCGGACCUGCAAUGGGAACUGCUGUCGUGAUGCAAGGCCGAUACAUCGAGCAUCAGGCACUGAAAGCACUCGGUGGCCGCGAGCGUAUCAGUAUGGUGACUUGUUUCCGACCCAAGUCGCCCCUGGUCAAGGAUGAGACCGUUCUGGUUGGCGUGCGCGGUAUCAGCGAGAUCUCUGAGCUGUACACCCAGUACACUGAGUACCGACUGGAAAUUUUGGAGGAGCGUAUUCGUCACCAGUUGAAGAAGGUGCGAGAGGGAGGCAUUGCGAAGAAGCGAUUCAAUGUCCCUGAGAUCCAAAGCUUCCUCGGAAAGCAGAAGCUAUUCCUGGAAUCGAUGAUAAAGGAGAUCGAAGAGGUGGAAUGA